AUGCGGUUUGGGAAAACCCUCCGCAAUGCGGUGUACCCUCCCUGGAAAGGGAAGUACAUUGACUAUACCAAGCUCAAGACCCUGCUGAGGGAAAAUGAUGUCACCGGUGAAGAUGCCAGUGACUCGGAGGACGACGAGUGGACUGAACAGGACGAGGAAGCUUUUGUCCAGGAAUUGCUCAAUGUGCAGUUGGAGCGGGUGAAUUCCUUCCAGGCAGAGACAUCACAGCAACUCCGGGAACGCACAACGGCCUGUGAAGCUAAAUUGCGACCUUUGGCCACCGAUGCCGAGCAGGAAGGGCCCGCCCUCGACGAACAGAAGAAGCGAUCGAUUGCCACGGAGGUUCUGCAGGAGCUGGACAACAUCACCAAGGAGGUCAGUGCGUUGGAAAAAUAUAGUCGGAUCAACUUCACCGGCUUCCUCAAGGCGGCGAAGAAGCACGAUCGCAAGCGCGGAGCCCGGUACCGGGUGAAACCGUUGCUCCAGGUGCGACUGUCGCAGUUACCCUUCAACUCCGAGGACUAUUCGCCGCUGGUACAUCAACUCUCGGUGAUGUACUCGUUUGUCCGAGAGACACUCAGUCAUGAUAUCGUGCAACCGAAGGAGACAGAGCGUGGGUUCGGCCGUGAGACCUACUCUUCAUACAAAUUCUGGGUGCACGCGGACAAUGUGUUGGAAGUCAAGACUCAUAUCCUGCGUCGGUUGCCCGUCCUGAUUUACAACCCGGGAACCUCCAAGCACAUCGAUACCGUCACCGAUGACCCCACCAUUACCUCUCUAUACUUCGACAACCCCCAAUUCGACCUUUACAACCAAAAGGUGGCACGAGCUCCCGAAGCCGGAUCUUUACGACUUCGCUGGACAGGUUCACUAAAAGACAAGCCUCCCAUCUUUUUGGAAAAGAAAGUGGUCACCGACGACGACGAAAGUCGACAGGUAAAAGUACAACUCAAGGACAAGCACGUCAAGGAAUUCUUGGACGGUGAAUACCACUUCGAUAAGAAAGUCCAUCGCAUGGAGGAUUCAAACAACGGAGACACGGCUGCUGCCGAGGCAUUCAAGCGGGACGUGGAAGAGGUGCAAUCCUUCAUCAAAGACAACGACUUGCAGCCUAUGCUCCGCGCCAACUACACUCGCACAGCUUUCCAGAUCCCCGGUAAUGACCGAAUUCGCAUUUCCCUGGACACCAAUCUGGCAUUGAUUCGGGAAGAUUCUCUCGACACCGAGCGCCCCUGUCGCGACUCGGCGAAAUGGCACCGUGACGAUUUGGAUGAUGCGGAUAUGACAUAUCCAUUUGAUGCCGUCAGGACUGGAGAGAUCACUCGUUUCCCUCACGCCUUGCUCGAGAUCCAGCUCCGUGGCAAAGCUCACAACACCGAGUGGGUUAAAGACUUGAUGGUCUCCCACUUGGUCAAAGAUGCUCCCCGCUUCUCCAAAUUUGUCCACGGUGUUGCCUCUCUAUUUGAAGACCAUGUCAACAGCUUCCCCUUCUGGCUCAGUACCCUUGAGGGUGACAUUCGCCGCGACCCCGAGACCGCAUUCCACGAGGAGCAAGAACGAUUGGCUCGGCGCGCAGAGGAGGACAUGGCAGUGGGCAGCUUCAUGGGCGGCGCCGGUAGCCCCAGUACCCGCCCUUUGGUCGGGUCGUCUUUCCACCAAUUCUCCGCCGGCUCUCCUUCCACCGUGCGUCGACCCUCCGGUGUCACCGAGCCUUCAACGCGGCCUCGUCCCUCGAUCCCUGCGCCCGAGCGUCGCGACACCGAACUCGUGUCUGAAGUCGAAGAAGAGCCCGAGCCGCCCAGCCGCCUGGAAUCCCUCGUCACAUACCUGGGCCUCUCCCCCGAACGCUGGCUUGGAAAGGACUCUGUCUCCCUGCCUCCUGGCGUCCGACACCCAGGAUACUGGAUCAAAGACGUGGGUCCCGUCCGCGUGGAGAGCAAGGUCUAUCUUGCCAACCAGCGCACAUUCAUCAAGUGGCUGCAUAUCAGUAUCCUCCUGUCCAGUUUAUCGCUGGGUCUCUACAAUGCCGCUGGUAAGCACAACCAGGUCGCCCAGGCCCUGGCUGUCGUCUACACCUUCUUCGCCAUCUUCGCCGCGGUCUGGGGAUGGGCCAUGUACGAGCGACGGGCCCGUCUUAUUCGCCAGCGCAGCGGAAAGGAUCUCGAUAACAUGUUUGGACCUAUUGUGGUCUGCAUCGGCUUAGCUGUUGCUUUAGUCCUGAACUUUGUCUUCAAGUACUCCACCGCGCUUGAACAAGGCCGUAACCAUCCGCUUCCUGACACUCCUGCUCACCUGAACUCCUCGGCCAUCUUUGAGGGAUCAUGGGGCCAGAACCAAGCCCAGCAAGUGUUGUAG